UCACACCCCAGACUCCAUUCUGACCCCAUCCUCAGCCAGUGAGGAGCUAGCAGACAGCGAGGAGGCUGAGAACCUGGAAUUCAGAGGACGCUCUGCUGGGAAUUUUCUUGCACAGCAAUCCAUUUUAUUAAUAAUUCAAAGUAGUAAUAAUGUAAUUCGGCUUAACAAUGAAUGGAACCUCCAAGUUGUCACAAAUGGACCUCAAGGGCACAAAGCGACUGAACGCAGCAUGGAAAUCCAGAGUGCAUAUCUUCAUGCAGAGUCCAUUACAGUGGAAGAAAAUCAGCUGGCAAAAAACAAAUGAAACAACCCUACUGGGAAAAUCCCUGGAGACACUCCUUUCAAAGAAAAGUGGCCAAAAAGCGUUCCGGGAAUUUCUGAAGUCCGAGUUUUGUGAGGAAAACCUGGACUUUUUGCUCGCCUGCCAAAAUUUCCAAACUCUCCAGCGUCCAGAGGAACGGAAGAAGAAAGCAGCAAAGAUUUACGAAGAGUUCAUCAGGGAUGACUCCCCUAAACAAGUAAAUCUAGAUUUCCACACAACCAAAGUCAUCUUCCAGAGUUUGCAGCAGCCAGGUCCGUCCUGCUUUGUUGUGGCUCAGAAGAAAAUCUUCACCCUGAUGGAGAAUGACUCCUUCUCGCGCUUUUUGCAGUCCGAGCAUUACAAAGUUCUCACUGGUGCUGCCUCUAAACCAAAGGGCCUUCGGAAACACCGCACAGCCAUGAGGAUCAAGUCAGCUGGGGAUGAGCUGGACGUGGACAGGCUGCGGGAUGGCCUUCUGCUCUGGCACGAGGACUGACUUUGUGUGAGCAGUUAAUCGUGUGAAGUGUCACACAGGCAGAUGUGGUGCUGCUGACAUGCAUGUACCAUAACUCAGCCCAACAAGAGAUAACUGGACAUCACCAAAAUUUUAAAAAGUACCUGUGAAGAUCUUAACUGAAAAGUACACUUCUUCUUAUCAAUAUGUUCCAUUGGAAAUGCACAUUAAAGCAGAGCUGGUUUUUGACUGAAAUGCUAUUUAUGAAUAAUAUAUUUUUAUAAAUAUGUAUGUUAUUUGUUUUGUUGCUGAAGUGAAACUCCAUGUUUGUGACCUUACAGUUGAUUGCGUGUGCCAUCUAGUGGUGACUCAGGGGAAGUACAGGCAAAAAGAAAUCUUGACCAAAUGCUUUAGUUUCAUGUAUUGUAGAUCAAUACUGUAGAAUUAUAGAGAAUGUACAUGAUGUGCCAUUGAUAAAAUAAAAGUUUUGCUUCAUGUAAAGUACAAAUUUAAAACGUAUUAUUUGUUUUUGCACCAGCUCUUUUCUAUUCUAAGUAAAGUGCACAGUUUGUUAAGGAAGUCUGAUUGCUUUUCAAAAAGCAAAGUGUUGUAAGUGAAGAUUCAGAGUACAUGGGCCAGCUACAGGGGGAAAAAAUGUACUGCAAAGUUUAUGCUAACUUUCCCAUUAUGAUGGUUUCAACAUGUAGGUAUAUCUUUAAAGAAUGGAGAAGCAAGUGGCAGCUAAAUAGUUAUUUUUGAUUGUUUUCACUGUUUCAUGUUGUUUUUCUUCCUCUUAUAUGUUUGUUACUUCUCUUUCUGUUGUUAUUUAUCAGUAUUGGUUGAAUAUCAAAAAUCAAUCUGGAGGAUAGCUGAGAGUUAAACCUGGGGAUAAAAUGGAAAAUAGAAAAAUAAAUAAAUAAAAGCACAGUGGUGACAACAUUUCCAUCUAAAAGUUUGCUAGAUGAAUAUAGUGCAUUGAUGUCUUGAGAAAAUGCACAGUAUUUUACUUCCUGUGCACUUUUAAUAAAAGUGAAAAACAACAAAGUUGUGUUUACACUUUAAGUAUAUAUUUUUGUAGAUUAAAACAAUUUACUUACAUAAUUACUGAAUUUAUUAGCACAUCAUAUUAAAAAUACUGUUUUACAAUAAUACAUUUUCUGGUUUUAUAUCUGCAACUGGGAUCUGUUUGGAUAUCAAGUGUUGAAGAGGAUCAGAAAAUGCAAUACAUGCAAUUGUAAGAAAUAAUUAAAAAAAAAA